ACUCUAGUAAUCAUAUUAUUACGAACCCUUUCCUUUUCUUUUGGUUUGGUGUUCUCGGAUUUCCUCAGUUUUCAAAACCAGUAAUUGAGAGAAUCAUGAUGUCCGCUGCACAAGAUGGAAUCCUAGGCCGACCUAAGGCUGAAUGGACACCAUCUCGUGAUGCUUUCCUUGUUGGGAUUUUCAUCGAACAGCAAAAUCGUGGGAGGACUGCCUACAAUGAAUUCAAAAGUGAAGUUAUUAGAUCUGCUACCCGCGAUUUUAAUAAGAAAUUUAGCAUGAAUUUAGAAGAGAAUCAGAUUAAGAACCGCUACAAUGUAAUGAAGAAAGACUACGGUGUUGUUAAAACUCUACUUAGUAAUCCUGAUUUUUGUUGGGAUGAAACAAGACAAAUGGUGGUGGCUGAUGAUAAAGUUUGGGAUAGCUAUAUUGCAGUGCGAACUGAGGCAAGGCCUUUCCGGCGUAAGAGCUUCCCUCUUUAUAAACAAUUGUCUAUAAUAUUUGAAGGAGAAAGAGUUACUGGAAAAUGCCAAUUUCCCAGUGGAAUUCCUGAAGAGGGAAAUAGCAAUACGGAAACUGUGAGAUCUUCAGAUCCAACAAACUUACCUGCGCAUUUAGUUGAUGCUACUCCUGAUUCUGAUUCAAUAGUCCGCGUAAACGAAACUCAACCAAAGAAGCGCAAAUCUUGUGCACCAAUGACACAAGGUGGCCGAAGGCAAAGAGCAUGCUAUGAUGUUGGAGGGACAAUUGAGAAUGCCUUGUAUGAAAUGUUUUCCACAGCUCGAUUGGAAGCUUUACAAAGAACUAAUGCAUCAGGUGACAUAAUAUUCUAUGGGAAGUGCCUGGAGGAGUUGCAAAAAUUGGAAGAAUUAGAUGAUGGUGAAUUUAUCAAAGCUGUUAAUGUUCUGAAAGAUGAUAAGAAUGCAGUUGCUUUCAUGAAAAUUAAAGGGCCUCGUCGUCUUGUUUGGUUGAGAUCUCUAUGUCAAUGUUAGUUCUUAAAUCUUAUAAUGAGUUUU